AGCUACAGUUACGAGCAUCAACCGGAGUAUUAAUCUAUAAGGUAACUGGGUUCUGACAUUUUCAUUUUUAUUAAUGCCCCUGAGUGUUCAGCACCCGUACUGCUCGACGUAACCUCAAGCUCGGGUAGGUAUAGCCCCUUAGUCAAACACACAUAUCGUUGAUUCCAAGGCAGACAUACCAUAUGCUGCUUGCGAUUAGCUGCGGAUAAUUCAUAUAGAUGACGUUCCAUCCUUACAAUGCUUUGCGGGUCUGGUUAUUUAGUAGUUAAGGGGUUGCAUCAUAGCUUUAAAGUUUUUUUAUAAUCUUUGAAUUCAUAGUUAUCGUGAAUCCCUCAUUUAGUUUCUACCUUAAUACGCAAACCUAGCUCACAUACAAACUGUCACCAUCAUAGAUACGAAGCCGAUUCGACGUCAGGCCAUUAUGGGUCCAGGUCCAACCCAGACAGAUUACACUUCUACAGUCUAUACUAAUGAGUUAGAUAACCCAGGUGAAGUUCAUUUAGGAAAGAUGAACCUACGACAAGCUACUACAAGUCAAGCUAUCAUAUAUCCAUCAACCCCACCAUCCCCAUCAUCCUUCCCACCUCUCACCUCCAUUUUCACACCAGCACAAGAUUGCACAAUAUUUGAAAUGCAAUUCUGCGAUAAAAAUGCUUGUUCCGCAUCUGAUGGCGGUAAUGAUUUUAAUCAGUUUAUCCCUAGACUACGGUCGUCGUGCUACCCAAGUAUCAGGCACCCCAUUCACACGUAUUUGGACGGGUCUGUCUACACUGAACGGGGCUCUCCGGAACUCACUUAUUCGCCUGGUGUUCAUUGUCCACAUGGCAUGACGACUGCUACAAGUCUGCUCGCGCUAGACGCUGUGUAUUGCUGUUACAGCAGUUUCAAUUAUAAGACCGAUUCGGAUCCUUUUACCUUUGGCUCUUGCGUGCAAAAAUUAACAGAAGGCAUAUUUCUUUAUUCGUCUUCGGCCAUAGCGUUUGGCCCUAGCGAGACAGAUUCGUUCACGUCAGUUGCACAUGGCUAUGGUGGCCUCAAUUGGACAGGUCCACCUCUUCUGGAAGUCAUAGCAGAUCCCAUUUUUCUCAUAGCCCAACGAGCGCUAUCCGAAGUCCCAAAUACCGGCGGCUCAUCCACCAAAGGCUUAAGCGCGUCGCCAACCCAAACGUCAAGUUCCAAGACUAAUGGGCAUUGGAAUACGCUGCUCCCCGGUCCUCAAAGUUCUCGAGGCUCUGCAAACACAAACGCGACGCUUAUUGGUUCUAUAGUAGGCUCAAUCGGUUUUGUUUUGGUUAUAUGCCUUGGGCUCUUAUAUUUUCUACAUUACCGGAGAAAACGAAUGCACCAAGCAAAUGAAGGGGAGGUAACAGCACAAGGCGAGAAGUGGGAUGGGUUGAGCGAUAAGCCAGAGCUAGAAGGUAGCCAAGCGCGCCAAAGGCAAUUCUACAAGGCAGAAUUGGAUGCUUUAGCGGUACGAGCUGAGCUUGAGGGUUCGCCAGGUGAGGAGCACGACCCAGCAGGCAUUGGAUUCCUCAAACCAGAGCUUCACGGCACAUCUGGAGUAAGAGGUUUACUAGGUGUCUUUCUGAAGAAAAAGGCAGAGUUAGAAGCCCCUUCAAAUUUGGAGGCUGGAAAGCCAGGCAACUGUCGGCUGUCAAAUCCAGCACAGGGGCAACCAUUCGUCAACUACAGUACUGAGCCAGUCGAGUUAGACUCUCGCAGCUUACCGACUAAUAGUAACGCCGGUGUAAUAUGAGAGAUUUUAGACAAGGGGUAGUUAUUAUUUCUAAAUAAGGCUGACAAAUGUCUU